AUGGGUCCUUUCCCUCCAUCUUUUAGCUAUGUGUAUAUCUUGUUAGCAGUUGAUUAUAUGUCAAAAUGGGUGGAAGCAAUUGCUGCAACAACAAAUGAUGCAAAGAACAUCCUUGAGAAGACGGUCAACUCCAAUAGAAAGGAUUGGGCAAAGAAGUUUGAUGAUGCUUUGUGGGCAUACCACAUUGCUUUUAAAACACCUAUUAGGAUGUCCCCUUACCGAUUAGUGUUUGGAAAAGUGUGUCAUCUCCCUGUUGAGUUGGAGCAUAAAGCCUAUUGGGUUGUAAAGAAACUUAAUUUUGAUUUGAAGGCAGUAGAGGAAAAGCGACUUCUUCAAUUGAAUGAGAUGGAUGAGUUCCGAAAUGAUGCAUAUGAAAAUGCAAAAAUCUACAAAGAACAGAUGAAGAAGUGGCCUGACAAACAGAUUCUUAGGCAUGAGUUUGCUCUAGGACAGCAGGUUUUACUCUUCAACUCAAGGUUAAAACUCUUCCUGGCAAGUUAA